AUUGGAAUUGAGUUGUAGCUCCACUUCGCAGCAAGGGUUCUUAGGAAGAGAAAGGGAAUGAAUGAGACGAAAGGUCUGCUUUUUCCGCCAAUAAUUUCUGCUAGGUUUCCUCUCUUCAAGUUGAAGGAGAACCCAUCUCGAUCAUCUUCUACUAAUUCUAUUUUUAAGUAGUUAUUUCUCCUUUCGCUGUCACAUCUGAAAUCACUGAAUCUUAUCUGGGUUUGAAUUGAAUUGAUGGAUUUGAGGUGGCUUAGCGCCAUAUUAGUUGGGGCAGGCUGCCUUGCUUUGGGUUACUGUAUUGGUUCUCGCCGUCCUGCUUUCAUCUUUCUUCGAGCCAAAGUAGCUAAAGAUGACACUCUCUUUGGUAGUGGAAGCAAGAAAAAUAAGUCCAAAGAACCCUUUGACGUUGAGAAGCUCGCUGAUAUUCUUGAUGAUUUCAAAAUGGUUUUGGUUGUCAGAAAUGAUCUUAAGAUGGGGAAAGGAAAAAUCGCCGCCCAAUGCAGCUUUGCCUUGGCCAGCCAUGCAACUUUGGGCCUAUAUAAGAAGCUCCUUCAUCGGGCACCUAAAGCGUUAAACAGGUGGGAGAUGUGUGCGCAGCCAAAGGUGGUUGUGAAAAUUGAAAGCGAGGAGGAUAUGCUUAUUUUGCAAGAGAGGGCAAAAUCACUUAAAUUGCCAACUCAUGUAACCAUUGAUGCUGGGAGAACACAGAUUGCACCAAAUUCAAGAACAGUGAUGGCUAUUCUUGGACCUGUUGAGGUGGUUGAUGAUGUGACAGGUGGACUGAAGCUUUUGUAGAGGCUUCUCCAUUAAAUUGAAUGACCUUUAACCCAAGAUGUGGCGAGUUUUCUGGAGAUUGGCAGUGCAAGUUCCACACUCAUGAAAGGAAAACUGGUCUUAUAAAAGUGAGAAAAAUCUAGUCUAUGCAAAAGCCUUAGCCAGCAAUCUUUUUAUCAUUCUAUCAAAUUUGAAACUAUUAUUUCUGAUGAUGGCAAAAAUUCUCUAAUGGCUCCUUCACGAUUGAGUUGUGCUAUAGACUGCAAGUGAUAAUUUUUUGUUUGUCUAGUUACAACAGUAGAGGCACAUUUUCAUUUUCAUGGGAUGCACCAACACCAGGGAUGUUGUCUUUAGGAUUCAGAACCAUGCAACGGCCAGUCUGAUUUUUUUUUUUUUUUUUUUUUUUUAAGGUUAUCAAGAAAAUUUAACUACCCAAUUUUUUAGUUGUGUUGUGUUGAAAGUGCCCUGUAUGUUGAUUUAGGCAGAUUUACAAUUACAACUAUUCUUUAACAUAUGUUAAUGUAAAGCCACAAGAUGGUAAGCGUUAACUUGGGGA